AUGGGUUUGGUAGAAGAAGCACACAACGUGAAAAUUGUUGGUUCGGGUGACCAAACCAUAGUACUCGCCCACGGGUUUGGAACGGACCAGUCGGUUUGGAAGCACCUUGUACCAUAUCUGGUUGAAGAUUAUCGGGUCAUACUGUUUGAUAAUAUGGGCGCCGGAACCACCAACCCGGAUUACUUUGAUUUUGAAAGGUACUCGACUCUUGAAGGCUAUGCUUAUGAUGUGAUUGCAAUAUUAGAGGAGCUUCAGAUCCAGUCGUGUAUAUUUGUGGGGCAUUCUGUGUCCGCCAUGAUUGGGGUUGUCGCUUCGAUAACCCGACCCGAUCUUUUCACCAAACUUGUUACCGUCUCUGGUUCUCCGAGGUACUUGAAUGAUAAAGACUACUACGGAGGAUUUGAACAAGAAGAUAUUCAACAAUUAUUUGAAGCCAUGCGAACGAAUUACAAGGCAUGGUGUGAUGGAUUUGCACCGCUAGCUAUAGGUGGUGACAUGGAAAUAGUGGCGGUCCAAGAAUUCAGUAGGACUUUAUUCAACAUGAGACCUGACAUAGCAUUAAGUGUUGCACAAACAAUAUUUCAGAGUGACAUGCGACAUUUGUUGCCCCAUGUCACUAUACCUUGUCAUAUAAUUCAGAGCAUGAAAGACUUAGCUGUUCCGGUAGCAGUUUCUGAGUACCUCCAUCAAAACCUUGGCGGCAAUUCCAUAGUUGAGGUGAUGCAAACUGAUGGUCACCUACCCCAAUUGAGCUCGCCGAAUGUUGUGAUUCCAGUGCUUCUUAGGCACAUCCGCUAUGACAUUAUUGCUUGA